UUACACACUCUCUCUCUCUCUCUCUAUCUCUCUCUCUAUCUCUUCUAAUUCACCAAGAUGGGUUCUGCUACAAUCUGCCAAUUCUUCAUGAUAUUGGCUCUCUUGGCCACUUCAUGCAUGGCACAAGCUCCCACCGCCACCCCAACGGUCUCACCCACUGCAAGCCCUACGCCAGUGGUUGCACCACCAACUCCCUCCCCUACCCCGGUCCUGGCUCCGGCACCAGCUCCUGCUGCUCCAACUCCAACUCCAUCACUAUCUCCCAUCUCCGGACCUUCUCCAGCGCCUUCAUCGCUUGCACCAAGUGCCCUUUCACCUGGUCCUUCUGCCGGUCCUGCACCAGCACCGGGACCCGGAGGACCUGCCGCAGAUCUUCCAAGUGGCACUUUUGUAGAUGGGUACGUCAACAGAGCUAUCAUUGCUGGGACUGCAGUCGUGGGAUCAUUCCUUGCAGUUACAUUGAUGUGAAGAUGAUAUGGUGAAGGUCUUUGUUACUGAUGAGAUAUAUUCUAAUUUCUUCUUCGGUUGUUGUAAUUUUAUCUUGACAUCGUGAUUGUUUAAUUUUCCAAUUUUUUUGGGGUUAUUUUACUGUAUUUUUACAUUAAAUUUGAGAGAUUUAUUGGCACAGAAUCUUGAUUAUUUGUAUGAUAUCAUGAAAAUGAAUAAAUGAGGUCCUAUUCUUUUU